AUGUGCACGGCCAACGCGAGCCAAGGGCCGGUUGGACAGAAUCUCCCAAUAGCAGAGGCACUCUUGACAUUCUUUGGUCUUGCGUUCAAUAGGAAAUUUCUCCUAGCAGUGGUGACCCUUCUUGCGCCCGAAGUCAUUAAUGUCACUGUCUUUGGGCAGUACCUCUCAGCUUGGGAAUCAGUUGAAAGUUUUGCUGCAGCUGGGCACACCGGUUGGACGAUGCGUCACGCAUUCCUUGCCGAUAUGGGUGGUUUCAUCCUCCAGCCUCGCGAUUGGAAACAGUUUCCAAUCAACGCGAAGCAACUGCUGUGGCUUAUCGAAAAUGGAUACGUCGCCAUGCCCCAGGUGGACACGGCUGUGAUUCGAGACAAGAACAAGACGGAUGGCUUCAUGCGGCUCAUCACUGCGUUCCAGAUCACUUGGUUCUGCGUCAAUUUUUUUGGCCGGCUCGCCCAGGGACUGGCCAUCACGGCCAUCGAGCUGACCACCGUGGCUUUCAUCUACUGCGCCCUCGGCAGCAUGUUCUUCUGGAGACACAAGCCGGCGGAUGUCGAGACUGCGGAAAUACUGUACACGAACGCGACCAUGAAGGAAAUUCUCGUCGCAGGAGGAGAAGCUGCACGAGAGCCUUACAGACAAACACCUCUUGACUUUGUGAGCCGACAGGAGUGGUCGUGGUCGAAAUACCUGGCGCACUUUCAGAAUGCCACUGUGGCACGAUUCCGAUCUCGCAGCGUGCCGAUAGACCACAUCAGCAGCGCAACAAAGCAGAUACUCUGGAGAGUAGCAACGAUAGGCAAUCUAGUGUCUCUGGCUGGAGGUGAACUCCUUACAGAUUGGGUCUUCUACAUUCUUCCGUUCAUCAAGGCAAAAUGGAACACAAAAGUUAAAGGUGUCAGAAUCGGAAAUCAGAAGACUCGGAAUGAUUCAGAACCUCAAGAAACAGGGCCGAAUUUCAACGACUCUCGAAAAGAUCAAAAAAUUCAAGCAAGACCACGUUCCAAACGCUCAAUAUGGGAUACAAUCCGGAACAACUCACCAUCAAACGACCCGCACCUAACGGUUCCCCUGAAGGCAAUUCUGCCUCUCUGGGGCUUUGUUGUUGUCUACUCAGUCUGUCGGAUAUACAUUGUUGUGGCGGACUUCAUUGAGUUACGAUCGCUUCCCCUCAGUGCCUUUGAAACCGUCGAGUGGUCCGGUUUGUUUCCUCACAUCUGA